GCGCCGGCAGCACCCGGCCCGCCGCGCCGCGCCCUCCCCGCCCCCAACUCGCUCCCCAACGGAAAGUUCGGCUCCGGCUGCGCGAGGCACAGAGCCCGGGAAUGAGAAGGGGUCGGGGGGCGUGCUGAGGGGACCGGGCGGCGGCGGCGGCCAGGCGGGGGCAACUUCUCCCGGGAAAGCGCCUCUGCCGACCCCGCGAGCCGCAGCCCCCGAGUGGGCUCGAGGUGGUUUUUCCCUUGCCUCUGCCUCCCCCUGCGGAUUCAAGACGCGGACCUUGGUCCUGGCGCUCCCGCUGCCGGGUGACAAGAGCCAGCGCCGCCGCCGCCGCCUCGGCCGCCGCUCCCUCCGCCCGCCGGCCGCCCCCCGGCCGCAGCCCCUGCCUCCUGCCUCCUGCCAGCACCAUGGAGUUCUCCGAGAGGAAGAGGAGCAGGAAAUCCCAGAGCUUCAAACUGGUGAGCCGAGAUUAUCACCAUGAGGUAUAUAAGAUCUCAGAAUUCAGCAACGAUGUUAAUGGGGAGGCCAAAGAGACACAACCCAUUUAUUUAGGAAACGAAAGCAUGGAAAUUAAAAAACAAAUUACAGGAAUGAGAAGAUUACUGAAUGACAGCACUGGGAGGAUCUAUCAGCGUGUCGGCAAGGAAGGAGAAAAAUUAAAAGAAGAACCCCAGGAUUUGGAUUCAGUCUGGCCUCCGCGUUUGAACUCCACUGCUGAGGCCCCCCAGAGCCUCCACCCUUCUUCACGUGGUGCGUGGAAUGAGUUACCACCCUCCAGUGGGCAGUUCUCAGGGCAGUAUGGCACCCGCUCUAGAACCUUCCAGAGUCAGCCCCACACCACUGGGAGCUCCAACGGAGAACUUCCAGCAGUGAAUCCGUCAGGUGGAUCAAACUGCUGUACUUGUAACUGCCAGUCAACGUUGCAGGCCAUCCUCCAAGAACUCAGGACCAUGCGGAAAUUAAUGCAAAUCCAAGCAGCUGGAGCCCAAAACAGACAACAACCCCCCAUUUCCCUCAUGUGCUCCCAGCGAACCGCUGCCUCGCGCAAGAGGAAUAAAAAGAAAAAAGUGCCCCCGAAGACUGUCGAGCCUCUGCCCGUGAAACAGAAGGCCGGCGUGUUGGGAACCGAGAAGCCAGCCGUGGCCUCUGAGCAGUCUGGUCCCCCGGCGGCCGAGCACCCGUCCCCCGGGGACAGCCGCGUCCUCGGAUUCGGCAUUGUCCUGGAAUCGCCGGCCUCAGAUCCAGAAGUGCAACUUGCUGAAGGCUUUGAUGUGUUCAUGCCUAAAUCACAGCUGGACUCUAUAUUGUCAAACUACACUCGCUCAGGAAGCCUCCUGUUUAGAAAGCUGGUGUGUGCGUUUUUCGACGACAAGACUUUGGCUAACUCCUUACCCAACGGGAAGAGGAAAAGAGGACUCAACGACAACCGGAAAGGACUAGACCAAAAUAUUGUGGGUGCAAUAAAAGUCUUCACAGAAAAAUACUGUACCGCUAAUCAUGUGGAUAAACUUCCUGGCCCGAGAGACUGGGUACAGAUUCUACAGGAUCAAAUUAAACUGGCCAGAAGAAGGUUAAAAAGAGGCUCAGCAGAGGCAGCAGACGGUGAUGAGAGACUGGACGGCAUCUCUCUACCGCCAACAGAUGGAGGCAGAGAGAUGUUUCAGAUGAGGAAAUUGAACACGGGAUGGUAGAACCACCUCAUGGAACUGAAAAGAAUGUCAAGGAAUCUGAGAAAGAAGGAACGUUAGAGAUCAUCUAGUCCCAUCCCUUCUUUUUAUCCAGUCCUUUUAUUUUACAGGUAAAAAAGCCUGAGGCCCAGAAACACUAAAUGACUUUCUCAAGGUCUCACAGCUGGUUGGUGGCUGGGCCGGAGCCCAGGCCUCUCGACUUCCAGCCAUUACACCGCAUAGCUUUCUCAUACCUAAGCCAAAGCCAGCUUUUCUCCGCAUGUUUCUUAAAGACCCUAAGAGCUGAUGGAUGUACUAAUCCCUUUAGGAUUCCAUUCCAGUGUCUGUCUUCACCGUUAGAAUGUCCGCCGUUAAGUCUGCCCGAAAACCUCCUGCAGUUUAAACUCAAUGAAUGACUGGAGUCAG